ACCUGGUAAAGAGCUAUUGGAAGGCAGAAAGUGCAGGACAUGUUAUUUUCAUGAUAAACACUUUUUUCUUCCCCUGAAGAUAUUGAUACAGCUUUUGAGCAGAGAGUCAUUGUAUGCCUGUGUCAGCACUGUGUUGGGUAGAAGGACUCUGAAUGAAUUUAAUGGAACCACAUGGGGAAGAAGAAGAAGAAAUACCCGGGAUUCAUUUGCACCAAAAUGCUUUGGGAUGUUAAAAAGGUGAAAUUGAAUGACCUGAAUAUGGAUCCAUCUUCUCCUGUGUUACCAGCAACCGUUUUGGAGCAAACGGCCUCGCAGCUCAGGUGCAGUCCAACUGAUGAGAAACUCGCUCUUCACUUAGAUGAAGAAGAUGAGUUAAAGCAUCUUCGCGAAUGUUUCUACAUCCCAAAAGUCAAGGAUCUGCCUCCAACUGAUCUGAGCCUGGUGAAUGGCGACGAGAGCUGUGUAUACUUUGCUGGGAAUUCUCUUGGGCUCGAGCCUAAAAAAGUUAAAACUUACUUGGAUGAAGAGCUGGACAUGUGGGCUAGAACAGGCGUUCAUGGCCAUUUCAACGGUCAGCGCCCAUGGGCUUUGGCGGACGAGUGCAUCGUGGAGCUAAUGGCUGAGCUUGUGGGGGCCCAAAGACAGGAAGUAGCCUUAAUGAACGGGCUAACUGUUAAUCUGCACCUCCUGCUGCUAUCUUUUUUUAAGCCUACACCAAGACGCUAUAAAAUUCUUCUAGAAGCCAAAGCCUUUCCCUCUGACCAUUAUGCUGUUGAAUCCCAGCUUCGACUUCAUGGGCUUGAUGUGGAGAAGUGCAUGCUCAUGAUACGGCCACGGGAGGGGGAGGAGACCUUGAGAACAGAAGAUAUCCUUGCUUUAAUUGAGAAAGAAGGGGACUCUAUUGCUGUAAUUCUGUUCAGUGGAGUGCAAUACUACACAGGACAGCUGUUUGAUAUCCCCCGAAUAACAAAGGCCGGCCAAGAAAAGGGUUGCUUUGUAGGAUUUGACCUGGCUCAUGCUGUUGGUAACAUAGAACUUCAUUUGCAUGACUGGGGAGUAGAUUUUGCCUGCUGGUGUUCCUACAAGUACUUAAAUUCUGGAGCAGGAGGCCUAGCUGCUGCCUACAUUCACCAGAAGCAUUCCCAGAGCAUUAAACCAACUCUUCAGCUGUCGUCUGAAUCGAGGAUGACACCCAGUGGCCAGACAACUUCAUUCAAAAGCAGAAGCACCCAACUCUUUCCGUUUCUGUGUGCCGCAGCCCACACGCUAAUUGGCUGGUGGGGUCAUGAAUUCAAAACACGAUUCCUCAUGGAAAACAAAUUGCAAUUAAGUGAAGGAAUUAAUGGCUUUCGGUUAUCGAAUCCUCCAAUUUUACUGGUCUGUGCUCUGCAAGCUAGUUUAGAGGUUUUUGGUCAAGCUACAAUGAAAGCAUUGAGAAGGAAAUCCGUUCUACUUACUGGUUACUUGGAAUACCUGAUAAAACAUUACUACAGUGAGGAUAAAACAAACCCAGAGAAGCCCUUUGUUAAAAUAAUCACCCCACCUCAGCUUGAGCAAAGAGGAUGCCAACUCACGCUAUUUUUUUCCCUUCCAAUCAAAUCUGUAUUUAAAGAGCUGGAGAAGAGAGGAGUAGCUUGUGACAUGCGAGAACCACACGCGCUUCGUGUUGCCCCAGUUCCUCUCUACAAUUCUUUCCGUGAUGUGCACAGAUUUAUUGAAAUCCUGGGAUCUGCAAUUACUGCUUCAAAACAAACAGCAAACAAUACUGCGCUAUCUGGUUCUUAUUGAUGGCUCCGCUGUAUCUUUUAAUCUAUUUUUGACUAAGAUGCAUUUAUCCCACUGAGCGAGUCUUUGCUUCUAGUAGGCUAAGCUAUAUCCCAUGCAAUUUGCAAAAAAAUGACUGUGCUUGAAUAGUUAUUUACAACAGACAUAGUUUUAUUAAAGCGCAUAUUUCUGCCCUGCUUUGACUUUGACUUUGUGAAUUAAUAUGCUUUGUAUAUUUUAAUGGGGCUUUUCUUAAACAUUUUAUGUAGUUUUAUUACAUUAGCUUUGAGAAGCAUGGAAGAAUUCCUAUCAGCGAUAACGGGAAUGAAAAAAAUCCCUGCUUUAUUAGAAAAAUGAUGCAUAACAAAAAACGGAGAAUAGACAAAUCUCUAACUUAGUUUAAAAAUGCAGUCCAAUUUACAUUUUCAAUUUAUCAGUUCUAUUUAAAGUAAGUACAUGGUAUACUUGAAAAGUAAAAGUUGAACAAUUAGUUGUUGAAACACUGUUAACUGCUGCGUACUGAAUCUUUCAAAUACCCCAGUGUUUUGAAAUGCUAGAUUAAUUACUGUCUAAUUGAUGACUGCAUUUGCAUUGCGGAUACCUUCUUCAGUAGGUAAGUGUGAUACAGUUUGCUAAAGCAAGAAGUUUUAUAUUUAUUAUUUCUUUUUAUGUUUCUAGGUAGUGAUCUAAAAGAUGAUAUGCUUGAGAAAGCUGAGAGUGAUUUUAAGCCAGGUCACGUAAACCAGUGUUAAGGGCUAUAUGAGCACUUACUGCGAUUUUAACAAGGCUUAUUUCAGAUUAGCUGCAAUGAAAUAUGACUUGUUUAAGCUAUAGCAAAAUAUCUUAUUGUUCACCUAUAGUAUGGCCCAACAGGGAUUUGCAUCAGACAGCCAAGUGCAAUGAAGAAAAACUAUAUACAUUUAAACAAUACUUUAAUCACACUUGUUUUAUCAUAUUAAUAACACCUUGGUGUAAACUGAGCUCCUAAGUUCGUGUGUAUUCAGGCUGUACCACUUUUUCAAGAAUCAACUCAUCUGUAAGAUUUUUCCCUCCCAAAAUACUCAGUGCCUCUGAUUUUUUGGUACAAAAUACUUAGGAGGGAGGUAACUUUUUGCAGGAUUUUUAUUGCAGUUGUAGGGUGUGAGGGGGUUUGGAGGGAGGCCUGAGGACUGCUCCAAACCUCUUCGGUCCAAGGGCUUCUGUGUUGGUUGAGAUUUUUGCACAUUUUAAGUGCCCCCCUGACUCCAGGCAGCUCCCGCACAUGCAUCCCGGCCCGGCCAGGUCAAUGCUGGCCCACGGGGUACCCGCAGCCGAAGACCCAAGGGCCUUGGCAAUGCCAGUCUCCACCAGGAAAGUCCCCCAGAAAGGGUAGCUUUAAAAUCCCUCUUGCAGUAAUACUUAUUUCAUUGGUCGUAAUGGGUAGUGGAAAACUGAAAGAACUGCGAAUACAGCGUUUGUCGGUUUUUUUGGCACCUGUGAAAAGUAAGAACAGCCACUUAAACUGGAAUAUCAUGAUAAGGAACAAUACAGACUUCUUAAUCCGUUAGAAAGCUCAGGCUUGCUCAAGAGGUUUUGAUUACACUGACGUCAUCUCUCUUUAAUUUAACUGAAACUGUAUCAUUGUACCGCAGACCAGGUAGCUAUAUUUCAGUGGCUGCAGUUUUAUUUUUAUACUUGUGUCUGACGUGCUGCCGCUUUCAUCUGUCAAGUGACAUGAACUUACAAAAAGGACUUUUUUACAUAGCGCGACUGUUCAUCAGAAAAGCACCGAAUAUAAAGCCGUGCUAGUCCACCGUGGUGCAAAGGGGUUUAAAUUCUUUGCUAGUACCUUUGAAGCAAUCAUGCUGCUGCGUAGCAAUGACGCUUAUGUCUUCUGUAGAAAAUGAGGCAAGCUUAACAUAAAUGCAGACAUGACACUAAGUCAUGCUAUCAAAUGCCUUAUUUUGAUUUCAGCUUGCCUCUGGUUGUGAGGUAGACCCAGGAAGAAUGUGCUUCUCAAUAGCAUUUGGACGUGAAGUAAAUAGUUUGGAAGGUACGAGGCAAAUUAUGUUUGACUAAUUUUGAGGACUCGAUCCAGCGCAGCAGUUUGGCAUCUGCGUUAAAGUCACUAGCUGUAAAAACAAUUCCUUGUAGGCUUUAAGUUAUGGCAUGUGAGCCAGAUAGAUCCAGGAAGUGUUUUACCUACCCUGUAAGAUCCUGUUUUUGAGAGAUAGCAGUUUAUUAAUAAAAGGUCACUAGUAUUUUGUCUUUUUUGUAACACCUGAGCCUUAGUACGAAUAUUGAUUCUAUAGAUAGGCAUUUGUGUUAUGUGAUGGGUUUGUCAAAGUUCAGAGAGUCAAGAUUCACUUAUUUCAACUUUUCUGAACCCUUUCUCUUUUCCCUAUGACCUAUGAAGACACACAUAAGACUUCUUGCUGUCCUGGACAUGUAUAUGCUCUUAGAAAAUUAAGACAUUUAGAAAAUGGGGCAAGGCUGUAUUGUAUUUUACUAAAAUAUUACAGCAUAAGCACUUGUUUUACGUGUUCUUUCUUUACUUGUACGAAGUUUUGCGAAAUGAAUAAUACUGAAAGUUAACAUUAGGUGUCAGUAUUUUACAUAUUAUUUAGUGAGAGACUAUCAAGUGAAAGAGCCUCUGUGCAAAAAAAAGAGGAAUAUUACAAGCUACAGUUUCAAAUGCUCUAAGUUAUCACAGUUAGCGUAAUAUCAGGAAUAAUUAUGUGUGAAAUAAUUAAUUGUAUAUAGCCCAAAUACUUCUCGCUGGUGAGAUCUCUGAUUUAAAAUUCAGUAUUAAGUACCUCUGGUUUCUAAUUGUGCUGAGAUUUAAUUCUAGAAUUGUCUGAAGAAAUUACAUUUUUCAAAUUAAACUGCAAGACAUGAGGGUCUGUAGAUGGCAGGAAAUGAUAUGCAGGUAGAGUGAAAAAACGUCUAUAAGAUGAAAAAAUAAAAGAUAAAUGAGAACGUGUAGAUCCCUGGUUCUAUGUGAUUUGCCUUAGCACAACACAGCUAAUACUGUACAAAUCUCUUAAACUCCCUGUAACUGUUGAAAACUUUAAGGGAAAACAUUUUAGGAUCCGUUUGUGCAAUUUUUCCCAUGUUUUGUCCUGGGAAGGCUAGAGAGAAGGCAAAGUCCUCUUCCAUAACUACAAAAGGAGCAUUUGAUGCUGCUCUUUCCUGAAAGAGCAAUAUAUUCUAACUGAAGAUAAAGGAUUGAGGUUGGUUACAUGAGCGCAACCGAAGAGGACAUGACCCGUUUCAAGAGAUUAAGAUGCAAAAUGUUGAGAGUCCUUGGUCUAACUGCAGCAGAACUCAUCUUCCUUUCAUUUUACUGAGUACUAUGGGUUGGUAGAUUAAGGAAGAAAGAUGAGAAGAGAAAGGAGGAAAACAAUACUAAUCUAGCCAAGCAAACGUUAAGUGCAAGAAAAGAAAGAAUGGGAGGCAAUGAAACAAAAUACUUAAUGCUUUAAACUUGGUUAUGUUGUAGAGUGGUUAUGUUCCUAAAUGCAACAUUAGGCAGGUGGGAAUUUUCCGUGAAAUUCUAAUGAAGAUCUAUCCCUACCCUCACAGCUAGAGAUAUAUGUGUUUAUAAAGAUAGUGAUAACCAUCCAGUGCAAAAUUCAUAGAGAUCUCACAGGAGGUGUACAUCCCUCUCCCAGCCCAGGAAAGAGCAGCCCCAGCAAACUGGACGGAAAUGCUGGGACGAAAGGCUUUCACGAGCCCCAGGAGGGGCUGGGAAACGUGGUCCUCGCUCCAUCUGCCCUGCGCUAAGGGUUUAAAAAUGCCUUUCGGAAAGCAGCCCAAAUCAUGGUGUUUCAUGGCGUUCUGUGCAGCCCGUUGAAGGUGACCCAGUUUAUAUAAGAUAUCUCUGUAUUUGGUGAGAGCGUGCAGCAUGUUAUUACACAUAUUCCCGUACAAAACCCACUUUCGGUUCCAGAUUCAAUUGACAUGUCGUGAUCUGAUUUCUUUCAGAGGGAGUUGACCUGCUCAGUGACUCUUAAAAAUUUCCAUAGGUACCUAUCUCAAUCUCUGGGCACCUAAGCCUUUGAAAAUAGGUUCUGGAAAGCUAGUCACUCUUGCCAACCAGCUGAGGGACCCUUUUCCACCCUAAGCUUAAAAUUUUGUCAAUAUUUGUGAAAUAUAUUUAGAAACUUAUAUGGUAAUGAAUAAGUUACAGAUCAGUAAUUCAUACUUUUCAUGCUUCAAGUUUUUAUUACCUAAACUUACUCUUCUAAGCAUCACUUUACAUUUCUUGUUAAAUAUAAAUCAGAAUUGAUUGGGUUAUUUCUCAAUGGAAUUAUAUCUUUAUUUCAUCAUAAUUGCUUCAUAUUUGAAUAAUGACAGAUGAACUACUUCAUUCAAUUGCAGUUUUAAGGCUUUGAAGUCACAAUAGCAGCAAAGGAUUUAAAUCCUGAAGCCAUUAUUAUGGCAAGGAAGACAUCAGGGAAAAGGAAAACUUACGGUGGUGUAAUUUUCUAGACAGAAAAAUAUUUCUGUGGUUGAACUUUUUUUUCUCCUGGAUAUUUCGCUACCCUUCAGAGGAUCAACUAAACUUCAACAAAAUGAAGUAGCUGCAACUUCUAGCAGAGCAAAUGGCUUCUAUCCACCCCAGAAGACGACGUUAUAAAUGUUGAAUGAGAGUCCAUAGUGUGAGUAUAUUCCUACAGUUAUUUUGCUUUGGAUGCUGGCUACAAACCAUUUAGCAUUCUACACAGCUGCAAUACUGUAUUUUGCCAAUAAAGAGUUCAUUAGAUCUUUUUUCUCUCUGACAUUUACAGCUAGUCCUGAGUACAUGUUAAUACUCCAAGGUAUGAAUUUCAAAGUUCCCUUUAUCUUUGUGUAUAGUUUUAAGCAAUUAAUCACAUGAUAUAAAAUAGCUUUAAAAGUAAGAAACGAAUUGUGAAUUUAAAGUGUAUGUUCAAAAAGUUGCUACUUUAUAAUUUGUAGGGGACAACUGAGCUGGGUGUAGUUUUUUUUUUUUUUUAACUUACAUUUUAUUGAAAGUUUCUGAAGAGAUUGUCAAAUUGUUAAAACAUGACCAAAUCACGCAUGCAGGAUAGUUCUUUCUCCUAGGAGGCCACAUCAAAGUGGAAGAGACAUAGAAAAAUCAUUAUUUAAUAAGUUCAAAAUGACUCCCAUGUGGGGUAAGAUUUAUAUAGGCUUUUUAAAUAAGCAUAGGACCAACCAACACUGGAAACCCUUCAUUUGAAAUAAAAGCAAAUGUCAUUCUUAUCAUCACAGCGCCAGGUGUGAAUAUGAAGAUAUAUAUGAAAACUUUUCCGGGUAUUUAUUAGUAACAAAGCAUAUCUGGAAUGAAAGAAAGCAUAUGAGCACUACAGAUAUCACAGAAAUGUGAAAGGAUUUAUCCCUUGGUAUGCCCUAGCCCAGUGAAGCUCAGGCUGCGCAGAUAUACUUACAGAUUUCUGCAUAUCUCAUGGGUUCACCAAUCGUGCCGUUGAGUACGGUCCCAGCUAUUGCAGAAACUUUCUGUAGUGGGAGAGGUAUUACCUUACAUCUGUGGUAAUAGGCUAAGGAUCGAGGCUCCUGGGUCUAACUUUCAAUUCUGCUACUUUGCAUGUUUUUCUGGUGCUUCAGUAUACCUGGCAGGAGGGAUCAUGAUGGGGAUAUGUUUAUUGAGGCUAACUGGCAGCUGACGUCUGCAAAGUCUACGCUGAUACUUGACACAAGAUACUAAUAACUGGAAACUAUUAAAAUGGUGUUAAUGAAUCUCAAGGAAAACGUUUCUGUAAUGCAUUGUCUAUUUUGUUAGGGAGGUGUGUCAGGUAUACAGUGGAACUGUGUUUCUUUUUAUUGAGUGUUUUAUUUAAAUUUCUGUUUGGGAGGUGAAAAGUACUGUGUAUUUUCCGAAAUGCUCACCUCAGGACAGAGAAGUAGUUUUAAUUACCUCACUGAAAGUUUAUGCAAAAUGUUCGGAUUCUUUUGUGUGCAAUAUCUAACUUAAACCAAAGUCAUCAAACGUGUCAACAGAUCCUACCUUUUCGAUUUCUUAGAUAAAGCAACCCCUUGGCACAAAGUAACUUAAAAGGAAAUAUCCAUGCUUUUGCAAGGAUACUCUUAGACUUCCCUAUAUUGCUGCUUCUUACACAGAAAAAAGGAGUGAGGGCAUCUGAAGAGAAAUUAACUGUGAAAGUCCUGAUCGUCCCACAGCUCCAUUUUCUUAAUUGAUUCUGAGUCUCUGUAUGACUGAGACUGGAAAAAUGGUUUUGAUGCAAGAGCUAUGAAAUGUAAAAGCUAUGAAUGCAAGGCUUUUUGGUAUGCAUGGAGAAAGAGAAAGGAGAACUGCAGCUUAAGAAACGAAAGUCCUCUGUGAACUGAUUUGUCAGGUGUGAUUACAGUAACCAUAGUGCUUUUCUUCCAACCUCUGCCCACAGGAGAUGCCAUUCAUGUUAAAUAGUAUAAUAUUAAAACAACGCUCUGCAUGU